AUGAUCACAACCCUCAACGGGGGUGCUCGCUACAUUGCCAUGAUCCUCCUUGUGAUGGGUCCGUUUGCUGGUCUUAGCGUCCAAAUUUCGUGGGAAACAACUGUCGUUCCUCGCCCUCGCACUAAGCGUGCUGCUCUUAUUGCUUAUGCCAAUUGUGUCUCUUCCGUGUCUCAUUGGUUCACUCCAUACUUCUUCUUAACCAACCAAGAGCCUUAUUACCAGACUGGUGGAGGUGCUAUCAUUGCUGGCUGUGGUCUGACUACUAUUUUUGCUCUCAUGACCAAGUGGUAUUGUUCUAAAAGAAAUAAAGCUCUGAAAGCAGCUGAAGAUGCUGCUGGUGAGCCGGAAGGAUGGAGAUACGCUAGCUAG